AUGGGCUCAAUGGUGGGCUGCAUCACGGACUUCUUCACUUAUGAGACUACCAAGUCUGUGGUGGUCAAGAGCUGGUUUGUGGGCAUCGUCAACCGGAUUGUUCAGCUGCUCAUCAUUUCAUAUUUUGUCGGCUGGGUCUUCAUCCAUGAGAAAUCGUAUCAGGUGAAGGACACCGGCAUUGAGUCCUCUGUGAUGACCAAAGUGAAAGGCUUCGGUGACCUUAACGGCCAAGUGAUGGAUGUGGCCGACUAUGUCUUCCCCCAACAGGGCGCAGGUAUCUUCUGCAUCAUGACCAAAGUCAUCAUCACAAAAAAACAGUCACAAAGAAAAUGUGCAGAGGUGGAGAAAGGGUUUAAUUGUAGCAACAAUGACGACUGCAAAAAGCAUCUAGGCAGCGUCCUUUCCAAUGGGAUGAUAACAGGUGUUUGCCUUAACUCCUACAAUGGCACCGGUCAUUGCGAGAUUUAUGGAUGGUGUCCAGCCGAGGAUGACAACGUUUAUAUCAAACCCAUGAUGGAUGUGGUCAAAUUCACCAUCUUCAUCAAAAACAGUGUUCGCUUUCCACUGUUCAAUGUCACCAGAGGGAACUUUAUCUCCACAAUGACAUCCAGUGAUAUCAAGAAAUGUACUUACCAUCCGGAGAAAAACCCCUUUUGCCCCAUCUUUCGUGUGGAGGACGUGCUGAACAUCACUAGGCAGAACCAGACUGCACUGGCACUCAAGGGUGGAGAAAUAGGAAUAAAUAUUGAGUGGAAGUGUAACUUGGACUGGGGCCUUGAAUAUUGUCUACCAAAGUAUUCAUUCACACGACUGGACGCACCAUUUGUCAAGAAUGCCGUCUCCAGUGGCUACAACUUCAGAUUUGCCAAAUAUUUCAUGACAGAGAAUGGGACUGAAUUUCGGACACUUCACAAAGCAUAUGCCAUCCGCUUUGAUGUUAUGGUCACUGGCAUUGCCGGAAAGUUUAACACAGUCCAAACACUGAUCCAUUUGGUAGCUGCCUUCACCUCUGUUGGACUGGGUACAGUUCUCUGUGACAUUAUUCUACUGAACUUCUUGAAAGGGGCAGACCAGUACAAAGCCAAGAAGUUUGAAGAGGUGUCGAUGGCUCAGAUAGAAGCAUCCCUUAGUCAAAGCCCAGACAGCCAGCUGUCACUCAAACAAGGUAUCAAGAGCUCCUAUGACUCUGGAGCCAUUUCCCUCGCCAACUCGGACCAACCUAUUUGA